CUUCUCUCUCUUCUUUUCCUUCACCUCUAUUUGGUGUUUGCACAUGUGACACUGAGCAUCUAAUGUUUUCCCGCUCCCAAUUAUAGCCUAACAUUUUUCGCUGCAUUCAUCUGAUUGGCUCUUUUAAUUUUUAUUUCAAUUCUGAUUGGUGGAAGUCAAAGCUUACAAGUAUUUUUUUUUUUCUUUCUUCAUUUUAAGCACUAUUUUUGGUGCAAAAAACAUGCACAAUUCUGUAGAAAAGAAGUAAAAGUAGCUUUAGUACAGAGCACAUAUUAGUAGAGAAACUAAUUUUAGUGGUGCUCAAUUUAGUUGAUGAAAGCAAAAUUAAAUGAGCUCAAAUUUACAAACACACAGGAGAUAUAGAGACUGAAGAAAUUUAUGAAUGAUGAACAGCAUUUUUGUUGAAUUUUGUGAAUUUUUUGUGAGCUUUUUGCUCUUGUUUAUUAUAACACACACCUGAAGAAAGGUAAUAAAAAUGUUGUAUAAUCUUUUGCUUUUUGUAAUAUUCCCUGAGCAACAUCACAAUGUCUGUUAAUCUUUCUUGAAUCAGAAUCUGUGUGUGUUCACACGGGUGUAUAUUGUGCUGCUUGAAGAAGAAAAUAUGUAUGUUUGAUAAGAAUAAUUACAUUUUGUGUAGUAUAUAUUCUAGGUAUGUUUGUGUGCUAUAUAUAAACAGAUUUUUAUUUUUUGCAUAUUAACUACUUAAGUCAUCAAAAGUUCAUAAUUAUUAGGUCUUAAAUUAUUAAUUUAAUCAUAACACUGGAAUUCCGACCAGUGAAGACAAACCAAAUUCAUGGCGAAUGUGCUUCAUAAAGUUUUCAUUCCUGAUGUGAAAUUCUCCUUUGGUUUCUCGAUUUAUAUCUCAGUGUUUGGAGGGAUGUAUGUGAGGGGGGGUUUCUCUUCCCUAAGACUGUAUUUUUGAUAGACAGCAGAAGUUUUGAAAGUAGGGCAGCAGUGCUACACUUCCAGCAUGUCCUGAUCCACAUAACUUUUGGCUGUGUGUUUGGGACACUCAUAUAAGGUUGUUCUUUUCUCUAAUAAUUGAACAGAAUCAGAGAAUGACAGCCAGUCAGUCAGAACUGAACCAGGGCUUCAGAUCAGUCAGGAACCCUCUUGUCCUUCAAAAGGUGCUGAUAGGGUCAGAGCAGAAGCUUUGCAGUAAUUGGAAGUUGGUUUUGGUCAGUUUAAUUUUGAGGUCUACUCAGGCAAUAAGUUGAAGCUGGAAGCCCUGUGACCUGACCAGUGCUGUCAGAUUUUAAGACAGACCCCAACCUGAACCUGAGUCUUUCAAUCUCAGUCUGUUUCCUAAUCAAGUGAGUAGACCCAGACACUUGAAUUCUCUGCACUCUUACUAAAAUAUGAGUGCAUUUGUGCACAAAAUGAGUUGUUAAAAUCUCAAGCCUUCAUAGACGCACUGCAUCCCAAAUGACACACUAUGCACUUACAGUAUACACUAUGUACUUAUGUACUCAACCAUGUAGGGUAUGAAUUUCAUAAGGUUAUUUUGUCAUUCAUAAUCGGAGUCUGAUAGCUCCUCCCCCUUUACAACAAAACUGAGUGCAUGAAAUUCCACACUUCAUUUUUUUGGUUAUUAAAGUGCAUCAUCCGUAUUUAAAGUGCACUUUUUCUUUUUGGAAUUUUCAGUGUGAACACACUACUUGCACUAUUUAUACUACAAGACGUCAUAGAAUAGUGCAUAAGUGCGCAAUUUGGGAUACAACUAUACAACUAUUUAUAUGUGGACACCUGCUUGUGAGGAAAAAGCAGCUGGGUAGAAGAACUUGGCACUCAAUGCCCCCGCGUGCCUCACUCUCUCCACAUAGAGAGGCUUCACCAGUCCUCUUCUGCCACCUGGAACAGCGUCCCUCUGCGGCUGCAAGCAAUCUGGGUUCUUUUGGUGGGAGCGAGUGUGACGCCAUGGACGACUGCAUGUCUUUGGUGGCUUCAGAUGUGGUGGAGCUGUCGGGUUCAUCUAUCGACCCCGCCCCCCUGCCGUCUGCAGAGCUCAGUCCAGCCCAGACCCCACAGCUUUUAGGGAGCUGUGUAGUGCAACUGACCUGGCUCUGCGCGCCACCAAGAUAACUGCACAGGCGAUUGUCAGGUCCAUGGCCAGUCUGGUGGUGCUAGAGCGCCACCUAUGGUUAAACCUCACAGAUGUCAAAUCAAGGAUGUGGAUAAGGUCCCCUUCCUUGACUCCCCGGUUUCCCCUACUUGCCUGUUUGGAACUGCGUUUGAGGGUUUUGCUGAAUGCUUCACUGCUGCACAGAAGUAGUCCCAGGCCCCAGUUCAACAGCUGUUUCCAGUCGCCCCAAGACUGCGCCGACUCAGCUGCCCGCAAAGCCCACACCACCAGCUCCACACACAGCUCCUAAGCCUGAGCCCUGUCAUUGCUCCUGCUCGGACAGACACUAUCAAUUCCCUAAACACAAGGGGUCCCAGCAAAAAAGAUAGCGCUGGACCCUGAACUUCAGGCAUCAACCUGAUCUGUGCGACAGGAAGAGGAGGGGGCCAAGUCUCGCAACUCCUGGACCACCCCCCAAACAGCCUCUGUUGUGCCUCCAAGCACCCCAUUCAUUUCUGGGUGCUGACGGCAGUGUGUUCGUGGUUGUAAAUACCUUUGUGAAUAAGGGGCCUGUUCAGAUCGUGCCCACACAACCAGCCACUGCUCGAAAUAAACCAACCCCUUGCCAAGCAGGCCGAGCACGAGUUCCGUCCCAUGUCUGGCAUCUCGGACGCCUUUGUGUCAAGGUGGACCAGGCCUGCGUAGCAGUUCUGGCCCCUUGUAAAGAACCUCAGUGGAUGGAACGGGGUGUGCCCCUGGGAAUGGUCUGCAGGAGGAAGGUGGUCUCGACAGACGCUUCCAACACAGAUUGAGGCGCGCUGUGUGAUGGCAAACCCGCUUCCGGCCACUGGUCGAAAGAGGAAGGUUGGCUUCAUAUCAACUACCUGGAAAUGCUGGCAGUGUGUUUGGGCCUUCGCACCUUUCUGCCAGACCUAAGGCAGGGUAUCCGCGGGGUCUUGAAAAGUAUUAAAAGGUGAUAAAUCAAUUUUGGGAAAAUUAAGACCCUUAAAAAGUAUUAAAAAGUCUUAUCACGGCUUUAUAAAGUCUUAAAUUUUGAAAGUAUUUUUCUGAAUUAGCUGUCCAACAGUUUGAGUCCCAAAAACAUCGUAAAAGUGUGUGAAUUUAGUCAUUUUUAUAAAAAAAACGAACAGGUACAUAAACUAGGCUAUUGUGAGUGCGUUCGUAAAUUGCCUUUGAGAGCACCAGAGCGGGCAGGUGGGCGGAAGUUCAAAACCACAAAGUACGCUCUGGCGCUCACAGUGCGUAUUACAACACACCGAAAUGCUUUAGGUUGGUGAAUGCAUGAACAGAAUGGGGAAGUGCAAAUUUGCAGCGGCUGCAGCCAGUCGAGGGGAAUGUCAGGGAGGCAUAUUGUACAUUAUGCAAGAAAAAAAUAAGUAUUGUGUCAAUGGGCAUUAACUCGUUAAAGUCCCACAUGUGUUGUGCUAGCCACAAAGCCGCUGCUAGCCGCAGAGAUCGGCAGCUCUCCAUCGCUAGCUUCUGUGGUAAUCGCGUUGCACCACCACAACCUAGUGCCAACGUCGUUACACCACCGGCAGUCGCACCUGAAGCUACAGCUACGACCCGGGCUAUCUCUGCUUCCUCAUCUUCUGCAGCCGACAUCAGAGUGGCUCUGGGCGGCACAGCAACACUGCAUGCUGAGGUGUUGUGGUGUUUCCACACAGCGGAGAAACACCAUUCACUGAACUCAAACGAAAACGUGGCUGAAGUUUUCAAGGCUAUGUUUCCAGAUUCGGAUAUAGCAAAAUCGUUCACUUGUGGCAAGGACAGAACUGGAUACAUCAUACGAUUCGGGUUAGCACCACACUUCAAGCAGGAGCUCAUCAACACCAUCAACAAGGCUGGCCAGUUUUUUUUAAUGUUUGACGAGUCGCUCAACCAGUCAACAAAAACGAAACAGCUUGAUGUCCACAUUCGAUUCUGGGAAGAUGACCAUGUCCAAUCUAGGUACCUUGGCUCUCAAUUCUUGGGACACGGAAAAGCUGUCGACCUGUUGCAUCACAUCAAAGAAUGUGUUACAAAACUGAAUAUGAGGCAGCUUCUCUCCAUCAGUAUGGACGGCCCAAAUGUCAACUUGAAGCUUGCAGACCUCCUCCAGACUGAGCAUGCUGAGCUGUAUGGUGCUCAUCUGGUUAAUGUUGGAAGCUGUGGGCUUCACACCCUCCACAAUGCACUGAAGGCAGGCUUUACCAUGUGGCAGAUGGACAAGCUCCUUCGAGCACUCCACUACCUCUUUCAUAAUGUUCCAGCUAGGAGGGAAGAUUUUACUGCCUUGACUGGGUCCUACACCUUUCCGCUACCAUUCUGUGGCCACAGGUGGAUUGAAAAUGUCCCCGUGGCAGAGAGGGCAGUUCAAGUGUGGCCAAUGUUCAUGAUGUACGUAGAUGCUGUUAAGCAGAAGAAGCUUCCAAACCCCAGUACUGCCUCUUACGACACCAUUGAGGCAGCACAAGCGGAUCCCCCCAUGAUUGCCAAGCUCCAGUUCUUCCUGGCAAUAUCCAGGACCUUUAGCCUCUUCCUGACCAACUAUCAAACUGAUGAGCCAGUUCUGCCCUUCUCUGCCAAAGAUUUGAGUGAGCUGCUGAAGAGUCUCCUGCGGCGGUUUGUAAAGCAAAGUUCCUGCAAGAUGCCACUUCCCUGAGGCUGACCAAAAUUGACGUUGCUGAUGAAGUGAAUAGUGUAUCCUACAAGAAUGUUGACAUAGGACUGCGUGCUGAAUCUGCCAUCAAGGUUAUUUUGAUAUUGACUAUUUUCUUUUCUGGGAUGGAUUUUUGUUCUCUGUACAAUGCAAAUAGUAAAAUUUUUACAUUUUAUUCUGCUGUUUGUAUUAUUAUUAUUAUUAUUAUUAUUAUUAUUAUUAUUAUUGCCGGCAUAGAGAAACUUAUUUUUAGACGAUUAAGUUUACCUUCUUCAUCAUUUACAUUCUAUAAUCUAUGUUGCUUAUUUGUCAGGCACUUCAGAGCAAGCCAGGAAGCAGGGGAGGUGAGCUUUUAGUUCUCACCUUCAGGAAAGAGUGCAUGCAGGGCCUGGUUAAGAUUGUUCAGAAAGUGCAGGUGAAAAGUCCCCUGAAAAUUCCAGUGGUCAGGGCCAUUGGAUGUCUGGACCCCAGAAGCAUGCACAGCGAUGCAGAAGGGUCCCUCACAAAGAUUAAGACUGUAGUACAAACAAUGCUGCAGGACAAGAAGUUGGCAGGAGGCGUCUCUGCUGGUAGGAAAAACUUAGGGAGAGAAGAAGUUACUGUUGUGUUAGUGUGAAAGUGUCUAAGAUUUUUUUCAACACAGAAGAUAUCUACAGUACACUGCUUACCUUUUUAUGUGUACAGACGCUGUGCUGUGUAUUUGUCCAAUGAAAGAUUAAUAAAAUGACUUGAAUUAUAUUUUACCUAUUUUUAAUUUAAUUUUUUCUUAUUCCAGGUGAUGUAAUCAUACAACAGUUCCAGAGCUUUCUCUCUCUUGAGGCGAGAGAUGAGAGAUUCUCCUCCUUCCAGCCACUGAAGGAGCGACUUGAUGUCUUCCUGCAUUCAGCCCUCAGCAAGUCUUAUCCAGAGCUAUAUAAGUUUUCUCAGAGCCUUCUACUUCUGUCCCACGGACAAGCCUCGGUGGAAAGAGGGUUUUCCAUCAACAAGGAGGUUGAAACAUGCAACAUCCUUGAAAAGUCGAUGGAAGCUUUGAGGCUGAUAUGUGACAAGAUCAGUGUCUGUGGGGGUGUCUUGAAGGUACCUCUCACAAAGGAGCUCAUGGCUUCAGUAGCCUGUGCAAGGUCAAGGUACAGGAGUUACCUGGAAGAUGAAUGGAAGAAGAAACAGAGUUCCACACAGGACCUCAAAAGAAAAGCAUUGCAAGAGGAGAUAGUAGACCUGAAACGGAAACGAACGGUUCUGACAGAGGUGUGCGACUCCCUCCAAACAGAUGCUGAUAAGUUAGCCGAGCAGGCAGAGGGGAAAUCUGGGACAUUAAUGGCACAACUGAUCACAUCCUCAGAAGACGUAGUAAAGAAAAACGGAACGAAUUGGUCCAAACUGAGAAGCUGCUGGGAACAAAAUCAGAAGAACUGAGGCACAUGUCAGCAUGAUUGUUGUUGAGGGUGGAGCAAAGUUUUGUUUUUUAAUAAACUUUGCUUUGAUUUACUAUCCCAGCCUAUUUGAUUUUUUUGUAUCAGAGCGGUCUAUAGUCUUUAUCACAAACUAGACUGUUAAGUUAAAAAUAUCACUGAUGUAAAUGGUUACAGCUUGAAGUGGCAGUGAGGUAUUAAAAAAUAUUGAGAAGGUCUUGGAAAAAGUCUUGAAAAGGUAUUAAAUUUAACUUCAAGAUUCCUGCAUAUACCCUGUAAGGGGACACCACAUUUUAGUCCACUCGGACAGCAUGACGGUGGUGUCCUAAAUAAGUCGCUAGGGCGGUCUCUCCUCAAAGCACCUCUUCACUCUGAUGGAGCACCUCUUGGAAUGCAGCUCAAAUUGCGCUCGCUGAGAGCAGCGCAUGUGCCGGGCAGGUUGAACCAAGGAACAGGCAUGCUAUAUCAGAGCAACGUACCCUCAGAAGAGUGGACACUCCACCCUCAAACGUUUAAAAAAAAUCUGGGAGAUCUUCGGCAAGAUCAUUGCCCAACUUACUUUUUGAAGGACAGUGAUGCGUUGGCCCACGACUGGCCCAACCUCCUCCUUUACAUUUUUCCCCCAGUCGCUCUGAUCCCACAGGUAAUCAGGUGAAUCAGGGAACAGAGACACAAGGUUCUGUUGGUGGACCCGCUCUGAAGAGACCAACACUGGUUCGCAGAGCUGUAUCGGCUGCUCUUGGCAGCCCCGUGGCCCAUUCCCCUGAGACGGGACCUCCUCUCUCAGGCAAACAGAACGAUAUGGCACUCUCAGCCCAAGCUGUGGGAUCUGCACCUUUGGCCUUUCGAUGGGAGCCUGCUGACCUCCCCAAAAACAUGCUAAACACAAUCUCUCAGGCUAGAGCACCAUCUACAAGAUGCCUCUAUGCUCUUAAAGGGUCUGUAUUCUCCGCCUGGUGUGCAGCCCACGGCGCAGACCCAAUUUCCUGCAGAAUAUCUCUGAUAUUGUCCUUCCUACAAUAGCUGUUGAAUAAGGGUCGUUCCCCUUCCACGCUCAAGGUUUAUGUAGCAGCCAUAGCAGCCUCUCACGCUCCUUUAGCUGGCCGAUCGGUGGGGAGGAACAACUUAGUUGUUCGUUUUCUAAAAGGGUCUAGGAGGCUCAACCCGCCUCGCCUCAUCACCAUCCCUACAUGGGAUCUGCCCACAAAGUUAAGGGCUCUGAAGAGCCCUUCCUUUGAGCCACUACAGUCCAUUGACCUUCGUCCUCUGAUGCUUAAGACCACUCUGCUACUAGCGUUAGUAUCUCUGUGAGCCCCUCCUGCUUCGAGUUUGGGCCCAACGACUCUAAAGUCGUCCUGAAGCCAAGGCAUGGUUACAUAUAUAAAGUUCUCUCUACUCUGUUAGAUAAGAUAAUAACUCCUUAGGAGCAGGACCAAGAAUUGAAUUUACUCUGCCCUGUCAGGGCGUUGAGAGUUUGUUGAGUGCUCCACCCUGUUCAGGCAGUCGGAAUAGCUAUUUGUAUGCUUCGGUUGUCGCACCAAGGGUUCUCCGGUCACAAAGCAGAGACUUUCCAAAUGGAUAAUUGACGCUAUUACACUAGCAUACUCCUCUUUGGGCCUUAAAUGCCCCAUGGGAUUAAGAGCCCAUUCAACUAGAGGCGUCGCCUCUUCCUGGGCUUGGUCUAGCGGUGUGUCCAUUGCAGAUAUUUGUGCGGUGGCUGGCUGGGCCUCGCCGUCCACAUUUGACAGGUUUUAUAAUCUGGACGUCCCGGCCUUACAGGCUUGGUUCCUUUCUGCAUAAACAGGGCACUCUGUUAUAUGACAAAACCAGUGCUUUUGACGUUUGCCUUCUUCAUGUACGCUCUUGGCCCUCACUGAGUUCCGAAGAUUUACAGGAUUCUCUUGGGACAAUUACUCAAGGCUGGGCCGACCUCUGUGAGUUUGGCCCUAUUGCCUCCUGCAGGUUCUAUGCAAAAUACUUGGUCCCUCUGGGCCCCUCUUGGUGCUUAAGGCAAGUUAUAGUAUUAGUUGUUCCUCUAGCAUAGCACGGCGGGAUUGUACUGGUUCCCCGUAGCAUCUUAGCAGACGGAGUGUGAGUGAAGUAUCGGUAGGGAACGUACUCUGUUACUAAUCUACAUAGGAGAAUCAGACAACUGAGUCUCUCAAAGAGAAUCCUGUUACUGGAUCAUAAAUUAAAUCGGCUUAUAAAUAAAUUAAUUUAAAAUAAAUUUAUGCAUUUAGCAGACGCUUUUAUCCAAAGCGACUUACAGUGCAUUCAGGCUAUAAAUUUUUACCUAUCAUGUGUUCCCGGGGAAUCGAACCCCCAACCUUGCGCUUCAUAACGCAAUGCUCUACCACUUGAGCUACAGGAGCACUACAUACAUAGCUACAUACACACUACACUACUAGCUUAUAAAUUUUCCGUCGGUCUUAGUACACAAUGUAACUACAGAAGAGUCAAGUUUUAAAUAGGAAAAAUAUUGAAACUCUUUGGUCAUUUUUGCGCGAGAUGCUAACAAUCUAAUCAAAUUCAAUGAUCUAUGCUAAGCUGCAGCUAAAAGUGCUACCGCUAGAGAUGGAGAUUGGCUGAAUGGAUUCGAAAACAGCAAAAUUCAACUGUUUAACUCUAGGGGAGCCUAUUUUCAAAAAUAGUGGCAGGUUCCUUUAAGGUUUGUUGAUCUUGAUCUUUUUUUUUAAUCAAGCCCCACAUGUGGCUUUGAAUUUUUUUAUUCUUGUAUAUUCUUUCUUUCUUUCUUUUCUUUAUUUUGAUUAAACUUUAAGAGGUGUGCAUCUUUGAGAAAGUGGUGCAUUUACCAACAUUUUUGUUCUGAAAGAAUUGAAAACUAAAAGGUGAAUAUGUGACUAAUAUCUUUUAUCAUAACUUACAGACAUGUCAGGAAAGCCCAGAGAGUUGUAUAUUUGAUUGUGUAUGUGUGUUAACCUUCUGUACUCUCUU